AUGCGACAUUUGGGUCAUGCGAAUGCAGACACAAGAUACGGCACGGCGGACGGCACAGAAAGCCUCACACACGAACUGUGUGGUGAGAAGAAUGUACGACUUACGCACCGAAAUUAUCAAAGCAUCUACUGGGUCUAAUCACCUACAUUGAAAUACGAUAGUUGUAUACUGGGCACCAAAUAUCUGCAACGUGCCACUCUGAAUUUGACCAAAUCUCAUUGAAAAAUGUGUGUUUGAAAUUUAAAAUAAUCCAUAGGAAAUAUUCCACGCAUCACCAUAAAAGAAACCCGCUUUGAUUUGGGGGAAAUGUUAGAAAAAUUGUUCCAAAUAAUGCAAAGUUUAGUGCUUAGAAGACAGUAUUAACCAAGAAAAAACAUGAAUAAAGUACUGAACGAAAAUUAUACGAAUGACCACGAUGCGUUGAUGAAUAUUCUCGAAGAAGUACCAACAAAGGGACUGUCAUCUCUCCAACUGAAGUAUUUUUCUUUGAAUAUCUAUUUAUGUCAGAAAAAAAAAUUUCAUUUAAAUUUACAAUUUAUAUGACAUAUACACGUGACAUGCUUCAACUGGGAAGCACUUUCAAAUGGUGGCCUAGUAUGGAUGGAAAAUUUGGAUAUAGCAAAUGCCGGCCAAACAACUCAAAUGAGGGCGUAUUUAUUUAUAAGAACUCAACGGGUGCACAUAACGAUCGAACAACUAAAUUUUGCCGUCCAAGCACACAAAAAUUAUUGUACAAUUUAAAACAAUCACUUUUAUGGUCCAAUCUAUCAAUGGAUAAGAAUUACUAUAUCUCACAAAAUCUUCUCGACUCUACGUUUGUUGAAUGGUCGAAACGAGUAUGGGACAACCAUUGUUAUUCAAACUGUUCGGCGAGAUGGUUUUUCACAUUGAAUUCAACUCAAAAAUUAGAAUCAAAAGAAAGUGUCGUCGCUAGCUCAAAUGAGUCGGACGCUAGUUGUAAGACUGAGAGUCAAGCGAAUGUUACAAUUAGUGGCAAUGAAACCGUACAAAAAUCUACUAAGAAAUUAAAAGACUGCACAACAAUGAACGUAGAAUUGAAGGAAUAUUCCGCGAAUGCUAAUCAAGUGAUUCGCCAUACAAAAAUCUUGAUUCUCGGUGCUGGAUUAGCCGGUUUAGGUGCUGCAAUAAAAAUAUCGAAUGCAUUGAACAACGCAUCUGAUAAGCACACAUACUUAAUACUUGAAGCUCAAAAUAAGGCUGGCGGUCGGGUGAAAACCGAAGAACUCCUGGAAUAUUCAAAAAACAAGACUGAAACAUCUGUGAAGCAUUCGGAUUUGAAUUUUGUGGAUGCAGGUGCUCAAUGGUUACAUGGUCGUAAUAAUUUUCUUUAUACCGUUUCGCAAAAUUAUCGACUUUUAUCAUCCCAGCAAUCUGAAGAAGGUAUGGGCUCUUUCUUCCAUGAAUAUGGCAAUCAGAUUGAUCCGUUUUUUGUGAAAAAAGUUGACUUCCGAAUCGGUGAAUUACUUAGCGAAUGUGAAGAGUUUGUACGCUCAAAGGAAACCGUGUCCUGCUGUCCCAAAUCAGUGGGUCACUUUUUACGAGAAAAAUUUCAGAAAUUUGUUGAUUGCUUAGAAAAUUCACGAGACAGAGAAAAUGCUAUGGAUUUAUUUGAUUGGCAUGUACGCUUCCAAAUAAUUGAUAAUUCAUGCCUGUCACUGGAUCAAUUGUCAGCCAAAUAUUGGGGGAGGUAUUCAUUCAAUGGAGAAGCGUGUCAGGCACACUAUAAUUUUAAAAAGUGUUUCGGCUCAGUUAUCGACUGUCUCACCGCUGAGCUUAACAAUAAAUUAAUUCACUACAGUAAAGAAGUAACUGAAAUACGCAUAAAUAAUAAUGAUAAUAAUGAUAGACCGAGUAAGCGAAAAGUACCAAAUAUUUCUGUGAAAUGUUCGGACGGAAGCCUCUAUACAGCAGAUCACGUUAUAGUGACAUUUUCUUUGGGAGUUUUGAAAAAAGUACAUAAGACGCUAUUUCAUCCAAAUUUACCUCCAUCUAUACAGUUAGCUAUUGAGAGCAUUGGUUUUGAAACAAUUAACAAAGUUUUUAUGGAAUUUGAUAACCCUUGGUGGAAUGAUUUGGCUGGAAUUCAAUUUGUUUUCAAGCACAACAAAGAGAAAACUCAAUGGACCGAUUAUAUUACGGGCUUUGAUAGAUUACAACCGCACAGCUCGAAUAUUUUACUGGGCUGGGUUGGUGGUAUCGGUGCUAUACAAAUGGAGAAACUCAACGAUGACCAAAUCAUAGAAGAUUGUGUGAAGCUUUUAGUUAAAUUUACUAACAAAACUAUUCCAUAUCCAAAACGAUACUACUGUACACGAUGGUACUCAAAUCGAUACGUAAACGGUGCUUAUAGCUACAUAAGCACAAGAUGCGACAAAAAUGAAACGAUUUCUCAUAAUGUACUUGGACAAUCGUUGUCGAUUGGAAACUUCUACCAAGUAAACCAACCGGAAGUGCACGAAGAUGGACAGAAAGGCGAAACAACAGCCUCGCCAGUCGUUCUAUUCGCAGGCGAAGCUUGUCAUGAAAAGUAUUUUUCAACAGCCCAUGGUGCAUUUCUUUCUGGAUUUGAACAAGCACAAAGAAUUGUGGAGCUUUACAAACAAUGUUAAACAACUAUUUAAUUUUUGACUCUUUCGACUCUUCGUAGUAUGCUAAAAUUUUUCAUAAAAUGAAAACUACAUGUACGACAUGUAUAACAAAAAUUUUACGUAUCGAAAAGUUUUCUGAAAAUUUUAACAGUGCCAUUUGUAACUUAUGAUUAUUUUACUUUAUUUCAAAUUGUAUUUAAUUGCAAAUACUAGAGAUUUUAAAAAAAAAAUUAGAGGAAAAACUACUUGACAGUUCAUGUUGCAUAAGCAUUCUUUUUAUGUUUGCAAUAUUUUGAAAUAGACCAAGUGGAUGAAAAAAAAUAGGAAAAAUAAAAAAAAGUAUCAAAA